AGUAGAACUGUAGGAAGUUGGGAACCCCUCUUUCUGAGAGUUCCCUAGAUUGGUUCUUGUUCCUUCUGAGAUUAUACUAUAAAUAUUAAGGUUUCUUAUUGUUCCACUUUAAAGAUGAUUAGUGCCAGAAAUAGGUGUCCUUUUACUCCAAGUCAGUGGCAAGAGCUUGAACACCAAGCUCUCAUCUUCAAAUACAUGGUUUCAGGAGUCCCUAUCCCACCUGAACUCAUUUAUUCUGUCAAAAGAAGUUUGGAUUCUUCUUUGGCUUCACGCGUCUUCCCUCAUCAAGCCAUUGGGUGGGGUUGUUUUCAGGUGGGUUUUGGCAGAAAAGCAGACCCAGAGCCGGGGAGGUGCAGGAGAACAGAUGGUAAAAAAUGGAGGUGCUCAAAAGAAGCAUACCCAGACUCCAAGUACUGUGAGAGGCACAUGCACAGAGGCAGGAACCGUUCAAGAAAGCCUGUGGAAGCUGAUUCAACAACCGCGAUCUGUACACUACCACCACCAACAUCCUCAAUCCUUUCACCAUCUUUCUCAUCAAUCAACAGAAACCUCUCCAUGUCCACUUCCAGAAAUAGUAGUCUAUCCUCCAUUUCUUUCUCUUUCUCUCCGCUCUCUUCUUCUCCUAUAGCUCCAGAAAUCUACAGUCAUCACAAUCCUAACCAAACCGCCCAUAAAAACCCUUUCCUGUAUUCUCAUUCUCCCACUUCUACAAGACCUCCUGCUUCAGGCUUAUCAUUUCAAAAUGAGACUUCACCUCACCAUUUCUUGGAUUCUGGAACAGGAAUUUCUUACAGCCAGGCUGAUAAAGAUUACAGGUAUGUUCAUGGAACAAGGGAGGGCGUGGACGAAAGGUCUUUCUUCCCCGAAGCUUCAGGGAGUGUAAGAGUUGUACCUGAUUUGUAUCAGCCAUUGACAGUGAGUUCUUACAAAAGCUACCCUCAGUCAGAGUAUCAGGGUUUUGAUGACAGUGGUUCAAAACAGCUGCAGCAAGAACAAGAUCAGCAGCAUUGCUUUGUUCUGGGUACUGAUAUCAAAUCAGCUAGGCCAAUCAAGUUCGAAAAAGGUGAUGAAACUCAAAAACCAGUGCACCAAUUUUUUGGGGAUUGGCCACCAAGGAACACUGACCCUUGGCUUGAUCUUGCAUCCAAUUCCGGGGGCCAUUCAGGCAAUUCAAUUUCACUAACAUAUACUAUUUAUUUUCAUAUAGUUGAGGUCUCAAUAAUGGAUCUAUGUAUUCUGGACAAAAAGCACUUGUUUUGGUGGGACAAUUCCUUAGCCCUUGAAAUUGUGGCUAGGACUGCUUUGUUCUGA